CCGGCGCCCGGUGCCAGCCCCUCCCCAUGGAGGAGAGUUUUCUGGAAGCCUUCGGGAGGCUGAGCGUGCGGCGGCAGCAGCAGCGCCCGCAGCAGCAGCGCCCGCAGCAGCACCCGCAGCCCCAGCAGCAGCAGCGGCAGCCGCCGGCGGCGCCUCGGCCCCCGGCCCCGCCGCCCCCGCGCGGGACCCCCGCGCGCCGCCACAGCUUCCGCAAACACCUCUACCUCCUGCGCGGCCUCCCGGGCUCGGGCAAGACCACCCUGGCCAGACAAUUGCAACAUGACUUCCCCAGGGCCCUGAUUUUCAGCACGGAUGAUUUUUUCUUCAGGGAAGAUGGUACCUACGAAUUCAAUCCUGACUUCCUGGAGGAAGCACACGAGUGGAACCAGAAAAGAGCAAGAAAAGCAAUGAGGAAUGGCAUAUCCCCUAUUAUUAUCGAUAAUACCAACCUGCACGCCUGGGAAAUGAAGCCCUAUGCAGUCAUGGCACUUGAAAAUAACUAUGAAGUUAUAUUCCGAGAACCUGACACUCGCUGGAAAUUCAACGUUCAAGAGUUAGCCAGAAGAAACAUUCACGGAGUUCCAAGAGAAAAAAUACAGCGCAUGAAAGAACGGUAUGAACAUAAUGUUACCUUUCACAGUGUUCUUCAUGCAGAAAAACCAAACAGAAUGAACAGAAACCAGGACAGGAAUAAUACAUCGUUUUCCAAUGGCACAGGCUACUGGAACACCUACGCUGAGUUCCCACAGCGGCGGCCGCAUGGUGGCUUCACCAACGAGAGGAACACCAGCAGGAGGGGAGGCUGUCACCACGGAUAUUAGAGGCAUUCCAGAUGUUCCCAAAUGAGUUUUUACUUUGAUUUUUAGUAUUUAUUUGUCGUCUCGUUUUACUCAGAGCUCUAACUCCAGUGUAAAUAGUAGAAUCUCAAAGUUUUUGAACCGAAGCCAUUAUUUUCAUCUUCAAUAAACAUUUGUUCAAGUGAUCAUAUAUGCAUGGUCUGAUGUGGGGAACUCUGCAGAUAAAUUCAACAACGUUACUUUCUCUCUGGGGAAAAUGUGAAACUGUGACCUGACACCAUAAGCAAGAACGUAGGUGACAAAAUAACACACGCUUCAGUGCCUAUUUUUCUUUUCAGGACAUUCAUCUCCAUUAGGAAAGUUGGAAAGGUGGGAGAGAAAUGGGAGGAAGGAAAAAUUUGAUUUCAGUGCCACUGUUGCCCUGAUCACCUGUGCAUUAAAAAAAUGUGAAUUGUGUGACUUCAAUGACAUCGAUUUUCCUUUAAAAGGAACAUACUGAAAUAAACAUCUUGGGAAUAUCCUAGACUCUUGCACAGCGGGUAGGGCAUUCACCUUACAAGCGGCCAACAUGGCCGACCCGAGUUCGAUUCCUCCGCCCCUCUCGGAGAGCCCGGCAAGCUACCGAGAGUAUUCGAUAUGCCAGACACAGUAACAACAAAGUCUCCAAUGGAGACGUUACUGGGCCCGCUCGAGCAAAUCGACGAUCAACGGGAGGGCCUUUACCUUUACCUUUACCUCUUUGGAAAGUACUCCUUUGGCGAUUCACCUUUGUGAAACCAUUGACAUCUUUUAAAUAGCUACACAGGCUCCUGAAGAAAAUCAGUGUCAUUUAAGUUACAUCAUGUGUUUUUAUUGAAUGUAAUUAGAACUGAGUAGCUUUUGACUGUUUUGCUAAUAGUGGAAAUAAAAUAAACCUGCCCUGAGGAGACACAGGUUUUUGGGAGGAAUAAUCAAAAAAUCAUGUUUAUAAAUGUGUGUCAUCAGUUGACAGUGCACAUUUAGGCAUCAAAGUGAGCUCCCAGGGCCUCGAUCAUUCGGGGAUAAAGUUCACUGUUCACCGUGUGAUGAACUAACUUGGUGUUUUAUGUAGCAUCGUUUAUGACGAAGUUCUGCAACUCUAAAAUGUCCUGUUAAUAUCAGUAAUGAAUUUAUGAAUCCAUGAAUCCAGAUGAAAGCUCAGAUGGUUGACAUCAGAUUAAUUGGACCUGAGACUAUCAGAUAAAACCAUGUUGGUUGUAAGCUUUAUUUAUUUUUUGUUGUUGCCCAACAGCUUCUAAUAUUCUGCAAGUAUUAUUUUGUGUCCUAAAUGAUGGUGCUUUCAUGGUUAUUAAAAAUUACAUAUGAUAUUACUUUA